AUGGACACCGUCCAGCACCACAAAUUGCAGGAUAGCAGCAGGCAAAUUCCUCGCUUUACCUCCUCAGACACGAUCCCAUCGUCCCUGCCAGUGUUCGAGUUGUCUGACACCCUCCAGAUCCUCCACACAGACAUCUCCACUUCCAUCUUCUACCUCCAGCCCAGCAUCGCAGACGCGUCCAACGACUACAACCAAUCAUUCACGUUGUUGUUGGACACAGGCAGUCCGUUGACAUGGUUGUACAACAGUUCGUGCGACGGAAUGGGAUGUGAUCUGGCAUCCAUGGUCAAGUUCAACGACUCCAGAUCCAUCAAGACGGACUCCAGCUUCCAUUUGGAGUUCUCAGACGAGCAGAUCGACGGAGAGUUGUUCGCGUUGGACUCCAAUAACAUGUCGUUCAGCUGGGGCUCCCAGGCGUUGUCCAACUUCUCGGUGGGUAUGACCAAAGACAACUUGCGCAGCUUCUGGUGGUUCAACAUUAGUGGCAUUUUGGGUAUUCCCUCGUCGGUGGACCCCAACGCAAACACAAACUACCUCUCGCAAUUGCACCAGCAGGAUUUGAUAGACAAGGAGCAGUUCGGGUUGUACUUCCUUCCGUACUCGUCCCAGUCGCCUCGUGCCAUCAAACACGUCGACUCUAACAACAAGUCGUCGCCAGUGCCAUCUACGUAUGGCGGAUUGAUCGCGUACGGAUCCGAAGCUGAAAAAAUGGUUCAAAAAUUCACCUCAUCGUCUGAAAUGUUCUACGUGGACGUCGCUGACCAAGCGUCAUCGUAUUGGCUCGUCAACGCUACUAAUAUCAAAGCUGCAAACUCCUCCAACGUGGCGCAAACCUUUAAUGAGUCCAGCGACUCCAAACAAUUCGUCAUCGACACAGGAACCACCGGAUUGGCGUUGCCUCCAAGUGAUGCGUACCAUCUCCACCAGUUGAUGUUCGGGUCUAAGUUCAUAAAUGACACCUCGGGAAACUUCGCUUUUCCAUGCAAUUCCUCGGGAUCGGUGCUAUUCAACAUUGACGAAAAAGAGUUCAAUAUCACAGCAGCCGACAUCGAGGGCGUAGCCUACCAAGACGACUUGGACGGCUACUGUGCAUCCAUGGUGCAGGGAAAGGCCCCUGCUGCAAACUGGGUUUUAGGUGUGGCCUUUUUGAAGAAUUAUUACACCAUUUUCGACGUCAAAGAACGCAGGAUUGGUUUGGGAAAUAUUAACCUCACCAGCUACGUGUUGGCCGACGCGGGCUCCAACAGUUCUGCUAGCUCCAACUCCUCUGGAGGAUCUGCAUCGUCAUCCGCUUCUUCCUCUACUUCUUCCUCAUCGUCUUCAUCAUCCUCUAGCUCUAAUUCCACUAGGACCGAUGGAGACAAGAAAAACAACUCUGGCAAGAUCCAAGCUGGACUUAUCGUGCCGGGAGUAGCAUUGGGCAUAAUGAUCGCCAUGAUAUAA